AUGGCCUUCGUGGCGCGUGUGGGGCUGUGUGUCCCCGCCAUCGGUGGCUCCGUGGGCUUGGAGUGCGCGGCCAUCUUCGAUCACGAGCACUGGAUCACGGCAGGGUGGCGCUGGGCGACCACGGACAGCAUGGACAAGUUCAUUCGGCUUGAUGCACAGGACCAGCGCUUCGCCUUGCUGCGCAACCACAAGAACGGUGUCUGCGUGCUGGGCUUGCUUGACGGAGAGCUGAUCACGGGCUCUACAGGGAAGCCGCUGGACUGCGUCUGCUGGAGUCCAUUGGACGCCACCAUCGCGUCCGUGGCCACUACGCUCUACUCGGACCAGCAGAACCCGCUCAAGAAGAAGGACGAGGCCGUCGGCGUGACCUCGACGGUAGUCAAAUGGACGCACGAUCCCGUCUCGACCUCUGUAUGCGCCACCGCGCACACGGCCCUCAACGUCAAGGACUACAUGACCGAGAAGGUGGCCUCGGCCACGUCGGCCAUGUACGGCACCGUGGCCGACUACACCAAGACCCAGGUGGUGCACGCCUUGUCGUCGACGUACGGCACUGUUAAGGGUGUGACCUUCAUGGCGCUGAGCUACGUGCUCGGCCUCAAGAUCGUGGUGCUAGUCGACGGAGACAGCGGCUGGUGGUCGGCAUAG